AAUUUAUACAGUAAAAAUUGUGUGGCAAAAGGAAAGAGAUUUCUGUGUUCCCUGUUUUCCAGAGCUUUCUUUACUCAUUUUUAUGUUGUUAAUCUGUGUCCAUCGAAGAAAAAUAUGGGAAGCUUUGCAAUACUCAGAAGGGCUUCGCAAUCCCAGCGCUCAAACACAAAGCAAUUGCCCUCGCUUUUCUUCUCCCUAUUUUUCUCUCGCUCAAUCUCUCAGCUUUCCUCACAAUCUCAAUGGCCUUCUUUUGGUAUCGCGUUCGAUAUCGAUGGCGUCGUUCUGCGCGAAGACACGCCGAUCGGAGGCUCCCCCCCGGCUCUGAGAAGGUUAUAUGAUGACUCUGGUUAUUUGAAGAUUCCUUACGUUUUCUUGACAAAUGGAGGUGGUUUUCGUGAAUCGAAAAGAGCCUUCCAGUUAAGUGAACUGUUGGGUGUAAACAUUUUAUCCUCACAGGUAUUACAAGGUCAUUCUCCUUUUAAACAACUAGUGGAUAGAUAUGAGAAUGAAUUCAUUGUUGCUGUGGGAAAAGGUGAACCUGCUGCAGUGAUGUUUGAAUAUGGGUUUAAAAAUGUGCUCUCUAUAGAUGAAUAUGCAUCCUUCUUUGAAGACAUUGAUCCGUUGGCAAAAUAUAAGAAAUGGACAACUAAGUUGGCUGCCAAUCAGAGUAGCACUUUUAACAAGAUAACUCAAACAAAGAGUCUUUACUCACAGAGGGUUCAGGCCGCAUUUAUUGUUAGUGAUUCUGUAGACUGGAGCAGAGACAUUCAGGUUCUAUGUGACAUUUUAAGAACCGGAGGUCUUCCUGGAAGGGAAAUUGGACACCAACCACCUCUAUAUUUUGCGCAUGAUGACCUUAAGUAUCAGGCUACUUUUCCUUCAGAGCGAUUUGGCAUGGGAGCUUUCAGAAUUGCAUUAGAAUCCAUUUUCAAUAGAAUCCACCCUAACGCUCUAGAGUAUACGUCUUUUGGGAAGCCAAAUCCAUUUGUAUUUAGGAAUGCUGAAACUGUACUAAAGCAGCUUCUGUCAUCUCUUGACCAUAAGCUUCAUGUUGAUCAUGCAAUUGAUGAAAAUCAUUUCAAGACAGUAUAUAUGGUUGGAGAUAAUCCUUCAGUUGACAUCAAAGGUGCAAAGCAGGCAGGGCAUCCCUGGUUUUCCAUUCUGACGAGGACAGGGGUUUUUAAGGGAAAGGAAAAUGAUGCUGAUUUUCCUGCAGAUCUGGUUGUUGACACCGUGGAAGAAGCGGUGGACUAUAUACUGAGAAAGGAACACAUCUCGUAAAAUUUAUGUACUAGUUGUUUUUCCUCAGUUUUUGGUUUUCUUUUGUGACACUGAACAGGUGUCUGGGGAAAUCAGUCAAGGAAUUUCAUCCAAAUUGAAUAACGAUGAACUACAUCUUGUUUUGCAUAAUCUCAUCAACUCACUGUGUCAUCCAUUCGCCUAGCAAGAGGUUAUAUAUAUUCUUGUAAUGAUGACGAUUUAUGAAAUUGACUAAUUUAAAAUUACGUUUCCUUU